AUGGUGCUAUUACCAAAGGCUAAACAUGAGUGGAAGAAUCUCAGAUUCAUGGACUAUAAGUCUGUGGAUGAAUACAAUUCAGUAUUGUUUAAGAUAGUCUCAAUGAUGAGACUUUGUGGUGAGGAAGUAACCGAGAAAGAGUUGCUUGAUACAACAUUCUCGACGUUCCAUUCGACGAACGUGUUGCUGCAACAGCAUGAGAUGAGACCCAUCGGAACAGCAGCAUUACCAGAAGCCAAUGAGGCUGAAAAGAAAGAUCCCAAAGAGUGCAACCACGUCCAUGAUGAUAAGAGAUCACACGGCAAAGGCCGUAGUAGAUACAAAGGACGUGGCCGUGACAACUACUCAUAUGGCUGGCAAGGAAACCACAAUAACCAUGGUCGUGAUUCCACCUAUGGUCGUGGCCGAGGCAGUAAUGGUUGUGGUCGAGGUGGCAUAUCCAAACCGUCUAACUCGACCAAAUCAGCUUGUCACAGAUGCAGGAUGAGUAACCAUUGGGCCAAGAAUUGUAGAACCCCUAAACAUCUAUGUGAGCUCUAUCAAGAGAGCCUUAAGAACAAGAACCUGGAAGCCCAUAUGGUUCAUGAUACCGAGUAUGAUGCUGAUGAUGAUUCCGACCUUGAAAAGGACGACCUCUUGGAUUUUGAGACUUCUGAUUGUCUCAAAGACUAA